CGCGGCGCGGGUAGUGGUGGAGCGGCGGCGCCGCAUCCCGCAUCGCUGGCGGUGCGCAGGGGGCCGCCCGCAUGGUGGACAUCCUCCUCCCGCGGCCGCUCCCGGGCGCCAUGGGGGAGCCCUCCAAAAGGCGGCCGGGGCUGGCCCUGUGCGCGGGCUGCGGGGGCCGCAUCCAGGACCCCUUCCUGCUGCGGGUGUCGCCAGACCUGGAGUGGCAUGUCGCCUGCCUCAAGUGCGCCGAGUGCGGGCAGCCCCUGGACGAGACCUGCACAUGCUUCCUGCGCGACGGCAAGGCCUACUGCAAACGGGAUUACAGCAGGCUCUUCGGCAUCAAGUGUGCCCAGUGCCGGGCGGCCUUCAGCAGCAGCGACCUGGUGAUGCGAGCCCGCGACCACGUCUACCACCUGGAGUGCUUCCGCUGCGCAGCCUGCGGCCGGCAGCUCCUGCCCGGAGACCAGUUCUGCCUGCGGGAGCGCGACCUGCUCUGCCGCGCCGACCACGGGCUACCUCCCGACGGCGGCGCCGCCCGAGGGCCGCGCAGCCCCGCGCUGCCGCCGGCCGCCGCCGCCGGCCACCUCGCAGAGCCGGUGCCCGGGAGGCCGCCCGUCCCGCGGCCCCCGGCGCACAAGGCAACGGAGAAGACCACCCGCGUGCGAACGGUGCUGAACGAGAAGCAGCUGCACACGCUGCGGACCUGCUACGCAGCCAACCCGCGCCCCGACGCCCUGAUGAAGGAGCAGCUAGUGGAGAUGACAGGGCUCAGCCCCCGCGUCAUCCGAGUCUGGUUCCAGAACAAGCGCUGCAAGGACAAGAAGAAGUCCAUCCUCAUGAAGCAGCUCCAACAGCAGCAGCACAGCGACAAGACGAGCCUGCAGGGCCUCACCGGGACACCGCUGGUGGCCGGCAGCCCCAUCCGCCACGAGAGCGCCGUGCAGGGCAGCGCCGUGGAGGUCCAGACCUACCAGCCGCCCUGGAAGGCGCUCAGCGAGUUUGCCCUGCAGAGCGACCUGGAGCAACCCGCCGCUUUCCAGCAGCUGGUCUCAUUCUCAGAGUCUGGCUCCUUGGGCACCUCAUCCGGCAGCGACGUGACCUCGCUGUCCUCCCAGCUCCCCGACACCCCCAACAGCAUGGUGCCCAGCCCAGCCGAGACGUGAGGCGGCCCGGCCGCCCGCCGCUGCGGGACUUCCGCAUGCCUGCGCUCCCUGCAUGAGACACCCGGCCCCGGGCCGCUCCCAGAGCGCCGGACAAACGCCUUUGUUUUUUAAUUAUUCUUAUUUAAAAACAAACAAAAAAUGUGUUACUGACGGCCAAAAAAGCACCGGGAUCCUCGCUGCCUUCACCAGACUGGAGAGAGAGCCCCUGCCCAGAUUAUUUCGUUAUUUUGUUGUUUUGGGUUUUUUUUCCCUGCGGAUUUCGAUGUUUCUUUUCCCCAAAGAAACGCGGAUUUCCCCGCUGGAGCCCGGCAUGGUGACAGGCUACCUCGCCCGCCGCUUGCGCCGGGGACGGCUUUUCUUCCCUUUUUGGAAGGGAAAAGGAAAAAGAGAAACACAAAACGGGGGAGAGACUUCCCCGGCGUCCGCGCCUUCCCGCGGCUGCGGAGCCGGCCUGGCCCUCCCCUCCGGGGAGCCGCUCCGUCCAGCCUCAUCUCACGCCGAUGCCUCUCCCGGGCCGCGGCGCCCGGCCCCGCACCAAUCGCUGGAAAAACGGGACACGGAAACGAGACUUUUAAACGGGGAAACCAGUACUAAUGUUAAAUUAUGAAUGGACGGAGGACGGAUUGUUUGAGCCUUUAACGAACAAAAGUAAGUUAUUGUUAUUUAUUGUCAGAGUCAGCGGUUGAAUAGUGGGAUUAAAUAUUUUGGACUUAAUAAAAAAA